UUGGCAACUCUGCCUGUUUCCGGUAAAAUUUGCGGGAAAGGAAUCAUCUGUUGAGGUGUUUACAAAGAAAUGUUAUUUUACAUUGAUAUUUGAGUGCAUUUUUGAGUAUAUCUAAGUUCAUAAUUAAUUGUUUUCAUCAAUAUAAUAACAAUGGCAGAAUCAACGUCAUGGGCUCGAACUCGUCCUGCAUUGAAAGAGUUUAUGUCACUUUUAACCUGUAUGAAGUGCAAACAAAGGCCAACAGAACCUAUAAAAUUCAGAACAUGUGCUCAUCAUUUUUGUCGCAAUUGUGUAUAUAAUGAUUCGGAAUGUUUUUUUUGCGGAAUUCCUGUUAAUCCAUCGGACAUUCAUCACGAUUUUAUUACAGCUAAUAUUAUUUCGGCCUGUGAUUCAAUUGUGGAUAUUGUAUUUAAUAAUGGUAAUGCCGAAGAUUUUAUUGAUGAUCCUGAUGAGGAUCAAAUAGAAGAACAAAGAACACGAGAAAUUGAAUGCGUGAGAGAAAAAGUACCUGAAGAACAAAUAAAUAUUAUGGAAAAUAUUGUAGAAGAGGAAAAAAUUGUUGAUCAUCAAAUUACAAUGUCUAAAGAUUCAGAAAUUAUGGAAUUUGAAAACAAUGAGGAAAUGGAAAAAGAAAAUAAUGUAAAUUUAAUGGAAAGUCAGCAAAAUGAAAUAAAAAAAAAAUAUCGAAAUACUGUCAAACAGAUAGAUGAAGACGAACCAAUAAAAAAGAGAAAAAAAAUUAAGAACAUGAAAGAAAUUGAAAAACAAAUAGAAAUUUCAAAAUUUCAAAAUAUUGAACGACAAAAUGAGGAUCAAGAAAUUGAUGAUUCAGAAGUUGUGAUAAAUGUUGAUGAAUUACUUUCAUCAACGAGAUUAUCUCAAGCAAAAGCUACUAAAUCAAAACAUAUUGUAUUAUCAGAUAUUGAAGAAACAUCGUCUUCCAGUCAAACUAUUUAUAAUACCCGAUCAAAACAUACUGUAAUAUCAGUUAAUAUUGAAGAAAUACCGUCUUCCAGUCAAAUUAUUCAUAAUACCCGAUCAAAACACACAUUAGAUAUUAUUAAAGAAACACCAUCUUCCAGUGAAAAUGAAAAAACUAAAUGUUCUGACGCUGAUACUGUGAUACUUAAUGAUUCAUAUGGAUUUGAAACUAUGAGAAGUAUAGAAUUUAAUGAAUCUAAAAAUAUAAGGGCAACAAAGUCUAAAAAAACAACGGGUAGACAAAAAAAUAAUUCAUUGACAAAAGCUCCAAAGAUUCCAAAAGAUAUUAACAAGAAAAAUAAAAGAGGAGAAACACCUUUACAUCAGGCGUGCGUAAAGAAACAAAUAGAAACUGUGAAAAUUUUAUUGGAUAAUGGCGCGAAUCCAAAUACAAAAGAUAACGCCAAUUGGACACCUUUACAAGAAUCUGUAUAUAAGGGUUAUUAUGGAAUAAGUAAAAUGUUGUUAGAAAACGGAGCUUGGCCUAAUACUCCUGGACUUGAUAAUAGAACAGCUCUUCAUGAAGCAGUGAUAAAUAAUCUAGAGAAAACAGUUAAAUUAUUAUUACAAUUUGAUGCCAAUCCAAAUGUUUUCGAUCAAGAAGGAAAAAAACCCAUUGAUUAUUGCAAAUCUGAUGAAAUAAAACAAUUGCUGUCACAAGAGAAUUUAAUGAAUAACUCGCGAGAUCUCAAUUCAUCUUUAAAUUGUUCAUUUCUUUCAACAACUAAUAAAUUUAUUGUACUCGCAUGUAAUUUACAACAAUCAACGAAAAAAUUAUUGACUACAUUAUCAUUGAAGCAUAAAUUGAAAAUUGUAAAUUCAUUUCAAUCAAAUGUUACCCACGUUGUUGUUGAAAGUGGUAAAACAAUUUUUCUCAAUUACGAUCUCUUAUUAUCAGUUCUUCGUGGAAAAUGGAUAUUAAGUUGUGAAUGGAUUGAAAUUGGAUUAACUCUUGAAUAUCAGGAUUUUAAAGAAAUGGAUUUAGAUGUUUUUGAAAUAAAAUUUUCUCACAACGAUGAUGCACCGAGGCGUGCGAGAAUAAAUGCAGAAUUACAGAAACCAAAAUUGUUUAACAAUUGCUCAUUCUACUUUGCGUUGAAUUCAAAUGAUGAAUAUCAAGUGGAAGAAAUGAAAUUAUCAAAGAAAAACUUGGUACAACUAUGUCUCGAAGGAGGUGGAUGUUCUUUAUCAAGAGAACCAAAUCCUGAAGGUAUAACCGAUCAACGAAUUCCAUUUCACGUUGGCGAUGAAAAUCAUCCUCUUCAUAAUUGUUCUCAUUAUAUUAUUUAUUCACCUGGAAAAGAUGAGCCACGCGUCAAAUAUAAUAUGCCUCAUAUUAAAACAUUGCCGCUCGUUUGGUUUAUAGAAUGCAUUGAAAAAUUCACGCUCGUCGAUCCAGCGCUCUUUGGAAUUGUAUAAAUUGUUAAGUAUGAAUAUCAAAAAUAUUUAUAUAAUUAUGUUUUUCUAUAAAAAAAAUAUUCUUCAACGAUCUAAAAUUAUCAUUGAAGAGUUGUUUCUUCUUUUCAUCACU